GCUAAAUAUUAUUAUUGUUUCAUCAUACUUCCUAGUCAUUGCCCAUUGUUAUUUUAUACUGUAAACAAAAAUGAUUACACUAUUUUAUAGUACUGAAAAUAUGUAUAAAAUUAUUACAAUAUGUCGAAAUUACAACUGUCAUUAGCUAUAAUUAAACCUCAUGCAGUUAAAAAUCCAGUGGCUUUGGCGUAUAUCCGUAACGUUAUCAAAAAUAAUUUUGCAGUUAUAAAAACUCAAAGGGUUUCUUUAGAUAAAGAGACUGCCGGCAACUUCUAUUUAGAACAUGUCCAGAAGUUCUUUUUCAAUAGACUUGUGACAUUCAUGUCUAGUGGAUGCAUAGAUGUACAUAUAAUUGCACAUACAAAUGCUAUACAAUUGUGGAGACAAAUGUUAGGCCCAACAAAGGUAUACAGAGCCCAAUUUGAAGAUCCCUAUUCAUUGAGGGGCAUGUUUGGAAUAUCUGACACAAGAAAUGUUGCUCAUGGCUCAGACUCACCAAUAUCAGCAGAAAAAGAAAUAAAAUUUUUCUUUCCGGAGUUUUCAUUUUACAAUUGGCACACAAAUGAAGAGGAGAGAUUUAGAAAAGGACCUAUAGUUUUCAAUAAACAUUUAUUCCAACAUGUUAGGAAACUUUAAUGACUAAAGUAUAAAUAUAUAUGUAGAUAAAUUCUGGUUAGCUUUAUUAUUUGUUAAAGUUGUUUGUUUUUAAAUAUAAUUCUAUAUAUAUCAA